AUGUCUUCAAGUGGGGCAUUUAACAAUCCUAUCAUCCCUGGUUUCAACCCAGAUCCUUCGAUCUGUCGGGUAGAUGAUGAUUACUAUUUGGUGACAUCGACGUUUGAAUACUAUCCGGGUAUUCCAGUCUAUCAUAGCAAAGACCUUCUACAGUGGGAGCUCAUCGGCCAUGUCAUUACAAAACAUUCCCAGUUAAAUAUGCGAACGACCGAGCCCUCUGGUGGAUUAUGGGCGCCAACGAUUCGUUAUCAGAAGGGGCGAUUCUAUGUGGCCGUAGGCUGCACCAAUCGAUUUCGACCUAAGGAGUGGGACAUUAUUAUUCCGCGUGGAUUUUACGUCUCCACCACCGAUAUAUGGAACUCAUCUUCCUGGUCUGACCCAACCUUCUUUGAUGUGCCCGGAAUUGACCAAGAUCUCUUUUUCGAUGACGACGGUAAGGUUUACUUCUCGGCUGUCAACAUGAUUAUUGACCCCAGAGUUGAAAAGCAUGGGCUUGGCUUGGCUACUUUCACUGCCGAAAUCGACCUGGCUACUGGUCGCUGCCUAGGGCCUGCGAAAUGGAAUCGACUAUCGGAUUUUGGUGUUGGCAUUGCAGAGGGUCCUCACAUCUUCAAAAAAGACGGUUAUUACUAUCUGAGUACUGCUGAGGGAGGCACCGACGAAGGUCACCAGCAGUGGAUUUCCCGCAGCACAACAGGGCCUUUUGGCCCCUGGGAAGUGGGCCCCGUAGGAACCGUUAACCCAAUCAUUUUCAACGACGAUGACCCUUCGAUCCGCAAUACGGGACACUUGGACUUUAUCGAGACUGCAAACGGUAGAUGGUUUGCUGUAUUUCUGGGGGUCCGGCCACAGGGCGAUAACUCUGAAUUGAAGUCGCAACUUGGCCGCGAAACAUUCAUGAGUCCGGUUGAAUGGAUAAAUGGAUGGCCAAUUGUCAAUCUUCGGCAACCAAUCAGUCUUGUCAUGCAGGCAGAGGAUAUGCAGCUUCUUGCCCAGCCGGAUAUUUGGAGAGAUGACUUUGAUCAACCAAACCUCCAGCUUGGCUGGUAUCAUCUACGAACGCCAUUGAAAAGCGAUUACUCGUUGUCAGAACGACACGGCUCCUUGAGCCUAUACGGAAACGCUUAUCGUAUUGAUAGUUCCGAAUGCCCAUCUAUGCUUUUGCGAAAGCAAACUGGGUUCUCAGGUGACUGGAGGGUCAAAAUGGACUUCGCGCCAACGGACGUUGGCCACGAAGCCGGAGCGGCCAUUUGGUGGUCUCAGUUUGCCCAUGCUUCUAUUGGAUUAAGAAAACCAUUUGAUGCCGAAGCUUCGGGGCUGGAGAUGGUAGCACGUUGCUACAAUGAGACUGAAGAUCAAUUCGAGGAAACCACCCAUCGCCUAUCGGAGAAAAGUCAUGUUCUCGAGAUUGUCAUCCGCGCAUACCCUACGCGAUACGAACUCUUAUUUUCGGUGAUAGACAAUGAAGAAUCCACCUCCAGUCUCAUCAAGCUGAGCGAGAUCUCUAGCACGGCGCUGACACACCGGCGUGCUGGAAAAGAAUCACCUAAUACUGGAGCGCAUUUUGCCAUAUAUGCACAGGGUGCUUACGAUAAGCCAUGCUUUGAUCCGGCGCAUUUUGAUUUUGCCGAGUGGAAGGUGUCAUUGGGCGAGAAGCCUGCUAAGUGA